AUGUGCAUUAAUUGCAUUCGGAAUGAAGUUGAUAUAACUGAGGGCAUUCCAAAGCAUGCUAUUUUACAAUUUUGUCGAAAUUGUGAAAGAUAUUUACAACCGCCAAAUAUAUGGGUUAAUGCAGAAUUGGAAAGCAGGAAAUUGUUAACUCUCUGCUUAAAGAAAUUGAAGGGUUUGAAUAAGGUCAGACUUAUUGAUGCAGGAUUUAUAUGGACAGAACCUCAUUCAAAAAGAAUCAAGGUCAAAUUAACUAUUCAAAAGGAGGUUUUUGCAUCAACCAUUUUACAACAAAUUUUUGAGGUAGAAUUCGUUGUAAAUUAUCAACAAUGCGGUGAUUGUGCACGUGUUAUGGCAAAAGAUACAUGGCAGGCAAUGGUACAAAUUAGACAAAAAGUCAGUCAUAAGAAAACUUUUUUUUUUCUGGAACAACUCAUCAUAAAACACAACGCCCACAAAGACACAAUUAAUAUAAAAGAAGUCAAGGAUGGUCUUGAUUUUUUUUAUGCUCACAGAUCUCAUGCUAUCAAGAUGGUAGAAUUUCUAAGUGCUAUAGUGCCAGUUAGAACAAAAACAUCUGAACGAUUGAUCUCGACUGACAUUCAUAACAACACUUCCAAUACGAAGUUUACAUAUUCUGUAGAGAUUGUACCCGUUUGUAAAGAUGAUCUUGUUUGCCUACCAAUUAAGAUGGCACGGUCUUUAGGGAACAUUAGCCCUUUAGUUCUUUGCUAUCGAGUGGGAAAUUCUAUACACGUUAUAGAUCCAAAUACAUUGUCUGUAUCCGAGAUCGCGACUUCAUUAUAUUGGAGAACUCCAUUCAAUUCCUUAGCAUCUUCCAAGAAUUUGGUGGAGUAUCAGAUUCUAGAUGUUGAACCUUUGGGACCCGUGCGAGGAAAGUUUGUUCUAGCCGACAUCCUAGUAGCACGUUCUUCCGACUUUGGCAAAAAUGAUACAACAUUCUUCGCGCGUUCUCAUCUCGGUUGUAUUCUUAAUCCAGGCGAUACUGCUUUAGGAUAUGAUCUUUCAUCUUCCAAUUUUAAUGAUUUUUCAUUUGAUUCUCUUGAUCGGAGCACUAUACCUGAUGUUGUUCUUAUCAAAAAAUCUUAUCCACAAAGACGUAAGAAAAACAAACAACGUAACUGGAAACUAAAAUCAUUGGAAAAAGAGCAAGAAGAAAUGGCCUCGAAAAAACAAGAUUCAGAAAAAAUGGAUCUGGAAUACGAAAUGUUUUUGCAAGAUUUGGAAGAAGAUCCUGAGCUCAGACAAAAUGUUAACUUGUAUAAGUCAACGUCAACUGUAGCAAUGGAUGUAGAUGGGACUGUUGGAGAAAGUUCAGAAGGAGAUGAUGAUUUCCCUGAAAUUGGAAUAGAAGAGCUAUUAGAAGAUCUAACACUUAAUGAAUAA